GUGGUUGACAUCACUAUCGUGAACUGUCUACGUGGACAAGGGAAAGUCGCGGUGGCGCGUGGGCGUGGUCGUGGUGAACCGUGACGUGAACAGUGCAUCACGUGCGUGCGUGCGUGCGUGCGUGCGUGCGUGUCGCGGCGUUUUGUGCGCGGCCUGAUGCUGAAUGCACGGGGCGCGAGGCCAACGGCAGGGGUUGGCACGGACUGAUUUCACCAUCAGACUGCCGCCAAGCGGGGAGGUCUGUCUCGCGUGCCAACACACAUCAAUGGUUCAGUUGGGAUGUCGACCAUGGAACCUCAGUCUGACCAGCGUGGUCGUCCUGGCUCUCUCCAACAUGCUGUUGACUUUCCUGUUGCUGCAGUCGGAGACCUGCAUCCCGGACGAAGUGCCCAGGGAUUUGGAGUCAAACGCCGUGACCGAGUGGAACCUCGGCACACUGAUCAAACAGCAACAGCGCGAGCAACAGCAACAGUCGGACUGCGUUACACAAGAUUACCAACCGCAGCCAGCUGACGCGAACGUUUUAAGAUUGAACGUGAAGCUGGGCCGAUGGGACGCUCGUCGAAUGUACCGUACGUUCGACCACGUCCUCGUCGGUUCGAGUUUCGUCGAGCUGUCGCAGGCGUAUCGCGUUUGUUUGGCCACGCAGAGCUCGAUCGAGAAGCUUCACUCGGUGGUGCAGGCGGCCCAUCACUGGACCGGGCCGAUGUCGGUCGCUCUGUACGCGGCCGGCGACGAGGAGUUCGAGGUUCUUCAGAAGUACCUGAUCUACCUUAGGAAGUGUUACGAGCCCGUACGGGAGAGGGUGAGUUUCUCGUUGGCGGUGCCAAGGGUCAGGCCGCCGAAGAGGCAGCCGCGAGAAUUCGAGCUGCCGGAGGUGGUGGAUUGUGCCAAACCGGAGGGGACGUUGAACGAGUUGAUGAACGGUAUCUCGAACGAGCAGACCAACUGGCGGAUACGGAACGUCUACCCUCAGAAUCACAUGAGGAACUUGGCGAGGAAGAACUGCCAGUCGGAUUACGUGUUCCUCACGGACGUGGACAUCGUGCCGAGCUUCAAUUUGACCGGCGCCCUCGACGAGUUCCUGAGGACCGAUACCUGUUAUAAAUGCGCCUACGUGAUACCGACGUACGAGCUGGACUCGCGCGUCCGAUUUCCCCAGAACAAGACGGAGUUGGUCAGGCUGGCGAGGAAGGGACUGGCCAGACCUUUCCAUCAAAAGGUCUUCAUCCACAAUCAGUUCGCCACCAAUUUCACCAGAUGGAUACUAGAUACUUCACCGAAUCAUAAAAACUUCGGGAACGUAAAAACUGGCAAGGUGUACAUCAGCCACGAUGUGACGAACUUCGAAUUCCUUUACGAACCAUUCUACGUGGCGAAGGAUAUUGUCCCGGCGCACGACGAGAGAUUUAUGGGCUACGGAUAUACCAGAAACACUCAGGUGUACGAGAUGUACGUGGCCGGCUACCAAUUCAAGGUUCUCUCUCCGGUGUUCACGGGCCACUGGGGCCUGCAGACGAGGAAGACGAGGCCAGCUUGGCGCGAACGGCAAAACAGUGCCAACAGGAAGCACUUCGAGACAUUUAAGAAGGAAGUUUUCGCCCGUUACAUGCGCGAUCCGUUGAAGAUGAUGAAGAACCCACACUGACGAAAAGUUCGCCGAAGAUUUCGCUAAUUUCCAUUUGGCGAGAUCUUGAUCGCCGUCCUUUCUAUUUGUCGUGCGAGGCACUCAUCUCGGAGUCGGAAUCACUUUUACACGUCCUCGUCUCAAGGACGAUCCUGGGCUAUAAUCGUUCUACCUUAUGUGACACGGUGUGCCAUAAGGUUUAAGUAACGGGCGAAGCCGUUUCGUCGACGAUCCAAUUUGGAACGACCGACUGCUCUAUUUUUCACUGAAACCGAGACCAGAUCGUUUUCUAUAUAUUUUGUAUUUCGUAUCGUAUCGUAUCGUGAAUUUACUUCGAACGAUCAAUGAACGAUGUAUGUACCGAGGUUUUAGUGUUAAACGUUAGGAGACGAAGGUUUUCAAGCAUGAACUGUCCCGUUCGUGUAGUUUAAUUCCAUCAUGAUCCCUCUUGCACGAUUAUUUGAUGAUUGAUGAUAUUGGCAAAUAUCGACGAACCACGAGCCAUACUAUAAACUUCUCUUCUUGUAAAAUUUUGCAACUUUACAUCGAAACGGAAUAAUCGAAUGAGAUUGGCAAAUCUGUUCGAUUUAUUGCACUUCUUGGAUUUCCCUCCUGAAGUUGAGUUUCUUGUAUCAUCAGAUUUAGUUCUGGUAAUUUUGUGGAUUAGAUUUCUUUUUCACAAUUUUGAAAUUUUGCAUCACGUUGAAUGAUCGAAUGACUGAUAAUUUAUCGUUACCAAAUCUAUCUCUGCUGUGGAAGAAAUUUAUUUGUUCUGCUGAUUUGUAGAUUAGAUUUCUUUUCCACAAUUUUGAAAUUUUGCAUCAGGAAUGAUCGAAUGGCUGGUAAAUCUGUUCGAUUUAUUCCACUUUUUGGAUUUUCUUUCUAAAGUGGAAUUUCCUGUAUUAUCAAAUUUUUGGAAUUUUGCAUUACGUUGAAUAAUCGAAUAAUCGAUAAUUUAUCGUUACCAAAUCUAUCUCUGCUAUGAAAGAAAUUUAUUUGUUCUGCUGAUUUGUAGAUCAGAUUUCUUUUCCACAAUUUUGAAAUUUUGCAUCAGGAAUGAUCGAAUGGCUGGUAAAUCUGUUCGAUUUAUUCCACUUUUUGGAUUUUCUUUCUAAAGUGGAAUUUCUUGUAUUAUCAAAUUUUUGGAAUUUUACAUUACGUUGAAUAAUCGAAUAAUCGAUAAUUUAUCGUUACCAAAUCUAUCUCUGUUAUGGAAGAAAUUUAUUUGUUCUGCUGAUUUGUAGAUCAGAUUUCUUUUCCACAAUUUUGAAAUUUUGCAUCAGGAAUGAUCGAAUGGCUGGUAAAUCUGUUCGAUUUAUUCCACUUUUCGGAUUUUCUUUCUAAAGUGGAAUUUCCUGUAUUAUCAAAUUUUUGGAAUUUUGCAUUACGUUGAAUAAUCGAAUAAUCGAUAAUUUAUCGUUACCAAAUCUAUCUCUGCUAUGGAAGAAAUUUAUUUGUUCUGCUGAUUUGUAGAUCAGAUUUCUUUUCCACAAUUUUGAAAUUUUGCAUCAGGAAUGAUCGAAUGGCUGGUAAAUCUGUUCGAUUUAUUCCACUUUUCGGAUUUUCUUUCUAAAGUGGAAUUUCCUGUAUUAUCAAAUUUUUGGAAUUUUGCAUUACGUUGAAUAAUCGAAUAAUCGAUAAUUUAUCGUUACCAAAUCUAUCUCUGCUAUGGAAGAAAUUUAUUUGUUCUGCUGAUUUGUAGAUCAGAUUUCUUUUCCACAAUUUUGAAAUUUUGCAUCAGGAAUGAUCGAAU